AUGACUCGAACUAUAUUCCUCACGGUUACCUUGCCUUUUUUUAUACACUCAGUUCUAGGAGGUUAUCUCAAUGUUCAGAACUCUUGCUCUUUUGCGAUCUUUUGCCAGGGAGCAAAAGGUGACGGGACGGACACGGGGGCUGCCACCUCCGUGGGCGCCGGAUCCUCGUGGACGUCUCCUCUCGCCGCGAACGACGACAACAUCGGGGCCACACUCAAGUGCUCUUUGAGCUCCACCCUCAGCUCGCCGUACCAGCUCGAGAUGGCCGUUGCAGCAGGACGGUCUUGGCUCGAUCUCUCGCGCGUUGAUGGCGCGCCAUUCGAAGCCUUCCACCGCUCUGCUGAAUGGCCAGGGACCUCUUGCCCGGUUCUUGAUUGCCCGGCCGGAUCCUCGGCGUGCGAGUGGCCAACCCAGAUUGAUUGCGCCACAACGGCUGAUGUGUGGAUGUACCUUUGCUGA